AUGACUUCCAAUCAGACUAGCAUUAGCUCUCCUGGUUUCUCUUCGUCGUACGCACGCAGUCGCUCGAGUAGCAGAUCGAACAUGAUCAACGCAUCCAUGCCACACUCGUUGGCAACUCCUCGCUCAGGCGAAACUUUCCCUCCUAUGCCUGUGCCCGGGGCUCCCCGGGUCAGCACAUUGACUGGACUGGACGAGAACGAGGAGGAGCGAAUAUUCGAAAAGAUCUUCCAUCAGCUGACCGCUACAUAUCAUGCUGCAUACGGGGCACUUCCACUGGCCUGUCGGCAAUUUGUAAGGUGCCUAGAGGCUUCUCAACAAUCACGCGACUCCGAGGGAAUCCAAAUCCUCUGGAACAACCUCAUCCGUCGAUGUCAGUUUUGCCUGGAAGUUUCAGAUGCCCUAGGACAGCGUCUCUCGACCAUGAAGAUUAAAGAACCAGGCGGCGGACUUCGCAAUCAACGCGAAUUCUGGCAGCUAUGCAAAUCAUUCAUGCAAUCUUUCGUCGACCUAGUGAACGAGAUGCGCGAGUUGAGAAGUAUGCAACUUCUACCUGCCGAUGUCAUCAUUCUCCUACGCCCAGUCCAAAAAGCUAGCCGGGAAGCAGGCCGCUUGAUUGAGGUAUCCCCAUGGGCCUACCUUGCAGACCCAGACCGCCAUCCCCCUCCUAGUGCCUUGUACGGCCCUCCGCUACAGACUCCACACUUGCAACAUCAUCAAACAUCCGUCUCAACAUCCGCCCUGACCAACAAUCCCUCUUUCCAAUUCAGUAUGAUGUCGCCCCCGCAAUCAGUCACCGUUCCUGCCACUCCGCUGAGUGCGGCGCUCGGCCCCGCUGCGCAGGCCACUGUUCCAUCCACACCAGCCAGUGCCUACAGUGACAAAUUCUUCGAGGGCGAUGUCUUCCAACGUGCUGACUCUCUUCUCUCGUCGAACCAAGCACCAUUUUUCCGUCGCUAA